UGAACAAUCAACAUCGCAAUUCGCGAAUGAUUUGAAAAAUAAAUAGUACUUAGGACUAAUGAACAAUAAAUAAUAAUUGUUCGGCUAAAGUGCUCAACAGUCAUUAAUGUUCAUAUAGUUCUCAAUUUAUAAUGUUUAAUAUAUUUGCUCUUGAUGAUCGGACUUAAUGACUCGUGACAUUUAGAUCAAUUCGCUAUCGUUAUUCAGUUGCCGAUCAUAAACACAGAUCAGAAGACGUUUGAAGAAAUUUUAAUUUUAAUUAAAACAAAAUAUAAACAUAAAAUAAAUACAAAUAAAUCGACGAAAUUUAUGAUCAAGACAAUGGAUCACUUACAACAAGGUUGGUUCACUGAGUCCGAUACAUGGCCAGGUGCUGGACUUUCAUUGCAAGUAGAAGAAGUACUUCAUAAAGAAAAAUCCCCGUACCAAGAUAUCAUGGUAUUGCAAACCAAAUCAUUUGGAAAAGCUUUAAUUUUGGAUAAUAUAAUUCAAUGCACAGAAUUUGAUGAGUUUACAUACCAAGAGAUGAUAAGUUUCUUGCCCCUUUGUAGCCAUCCUAAUCCAGAAAGAGUUUUGGUGGUAGGUGGUGGUGAUGGAGGUGUUGCACGUGAAGCUGUAAAACAUCCAAAAGUUCUUAGUGUUGAUGUUGUUGAAAUUGAUGAACGAGUAGUGAAACUUUCAGAACAAUAUUUACCAUUUAUGGCUUGUGGUUUUAAACACAAUAAGGUGACACUGCAUAUUGAAGAUGGGUUUGAGUUUAUGAAAAACAAUAUCCAACAGUUUGAUGUCAUCAUUACAGACUCUUCAGACCCCGUUGGUCCAAAUGAGUCAUUAUUUCAGAAAACUUAUAUUGAGUCACUGAAAAGAUCUUUAAGACCUGGUGGUAUUAUAUGUUCCCAAGUCGGAUCAAUUUGGAUUAAAGAAGAUCAGGAUACAAUGAUCAGAUUGUCCAAAGAUUGUUCAGCAAACUUUAAAAAGGUUUCUCUAGCCACUAUAUCUAUCCCAUCUUACCCGACUGGAAACAUCAGUUUCAUUUUAGCUACAGACAAUGAGCUAGUAAACUUCAGAGUACCAGCAUAUAGCUUCACACUAGAAGAACUUAAUAAGUAUAAACUAAAGCAUUAUUCUCCAGAUGUACAUUCUGCUUCAUUUAGUAUUCCUAGAUUUGCUCGUAUGGCUAUUCCACAUCUUAAUUGUUAAUAUUAUUAUAUUCUUUCAGUAUUACCACAUUUAUGGGCAUAAUUUUGUCCAAUGUCACCAUAUUGUUAGAUUCGCAAUUAAAUUACCUAUUUAAAAUAAUUUAAUAUUUAUUACUCAACAAAUUGUAUUAAAUUGUAGAUUUUAGUACGUUUAAUUGCAUGUUAUUCUAUUUUAUGUCCUAACUACAUGUGAUCAAUCUUAACUAUGUAUUAUU